AAUAAUGGUAUUUACUUACCCAUUAAUUUAUUUGCCCUGAGCUAGGCUUUAAAGAAUAAGUUCACCUUUCUGAACAUGUUUCAUCCAUAUUUAGACCCCCUCAUCAGACCCCAUUGCCCCGUCUCCUCAUAGCUGGAUUUAGUCCGUAAUCCCUCCCAUAGCUAGUUAAUUGACAGGCUCAUUUAUACGUCUGCAUUUCGUGACCUAGCACGCUUCCUGAGGACAUGCAAUACGAAACAGCUGUCGAGGCUUCACUAGGUCACGCACCAAACGUAACCUCCGGUCCCGCUGGCUCACCCCCAUCACAGGGGGAACGCACGCCAGGAUACCUCCACUCGGGGGUUCAUUGCCACUUUCGAGAUCGCCAUCCAGCCUCAGUGCCGGGUCACUUGGCAACCUAUAAUGUGCCUAUCUAAACUGAAACACAAAAUGCCGUUCUAAGUGGAUGCUUUGUGGCUUUUUUAUGGAUAAAUUUGUAGUUAAAAAAGCUCCAUGUUCUAGAAAAAGGGGUCAUAUGGAAGAAUGUUCAGAACCCUCAGAUCCUGGUUCUUCUGAGAAAGGCCUGGUAAAGAAGAAUAAAAAUGACGUGUCUGAUUCUUUACUGGAGCAAUGCUAUGCUUGGAAAAGGAUAAGAGCAGCUAACCUGAGCUGUGAUUAUACUAUUUUCUUCACUAAGAUAGAAGCAAAUGAGAUCUUUCAGCAGCUGGAACAGGAAAUAGUAUAUUUUUCAGGGAAUCUUAGUAAAGUUCAUGUAUUUGGAAAAUGGCAUACUGUACCCAGAAAACAAGUAACUUAUGGAGAUGAGGGAUUGACCUAUACAUUUUCUGGGAUCACGCUGUCGCCAAAGCCUUGGAUUCCCGUCCUAAAUCGCAUAAGAGACAGGGUGAAACUGGCCACAGGACACUCUUUCAACUUUGUUCUUAUUAACAGGUAUAAAGAUGGGAAUGAUCACAUAGGUGACCACAGAGAUGACGAGAAGGAGCUUGUCCCUCAGAGCCCUAUUGCUUCUGUGUCUUUUGGAGCAUGCAGGGAUUUUGUCUUCCGACACAGAGAUUCCCGCAGCAAGAAUUCUAUAUGUCAUAUUCAGCCUGUGAAGCUAGAACUAGAGCAUGGAAGCUUGCUUAUGAUGAAUUUCCCAACCAAUGUUUAUUGGUAUCACAGCCUUCCUGUAAGGAAGAGAGUGAUCGCUCCUAGAGUAAAUUUAACUUUCCGUCAACUUAUGGCACAGAGCCAGAAAAAAACAGAAACUGGAAAAUUGUAGAUCAUUUAGAUUGUACUGCAAAGUGUUUUUCUCUAUUCAAAGUAUCCAAAAGCUUGUGACACGCAUCAUCAAAACAUAAACAGGCUUUUUAUGGGAUUUAAAGCUGCAACCAAUAACCUCAAAAUAUAUACCAGUUGAUUGCAUGUAGUAAAUGGUUCCAAUAGAUUUCUGCCAAACUUAAUGCUGGUGCAAUGUUAAAAUAAGUCUGUACUCAACAAAAAAGACCCUUUAUUCAUGUUAUCCUUAUUAAGUUACUGGCAUUCUAUUAUUGUACAUUCCUAAACUGUAUUUGUGUAAAUAAAUGUUUAUGAUAGUG